AUGUCAGACGCGCACACAUCUGAAUCGCAAUCUCUUGACGUGGAGAGCGGACGCGUCAGGAUCAAUGUGCCAGUCGACGAGAAGCCUGCCCCUCCCUCUAAAUUCUGGAGUCGCAACGCAUCCAGCGGCAAUGAAGAUGGCGAGAUAAGCUCAUCAAUCCGCCAAAGGCGCAUGCUUGUCAACGUCAUUUCCCGCGAGGCGAGAAAAUUCGACUUUGACGAAGAGGAAAUCUUCAAAAUCACCCAAAACUACAAAAAGUACGAGUACGCAAACCUCAAGCUCAAAGAUCUCCGCAAGUUCGACGACUGCGAGCCGUACGGCCUCGCCGACGAGGCCCACGAGUCUCUGCUCAAGAAGGAGAUCCACAAGCUCUGCCUCGUCGCCGCGAGCCAGGAGCCCUAUCUCUUCAGCAGUGGCGGGCACUUCAAGGGCGUCGGCGCCGAAGACUACCAGGACGUCGCCAACGUCUUGGACCAAGUCUACUCCAACAAUGCCAUCCUGCGCCACGACACGGAGCAGAUCGCGCUGGAGAAGACGGCGGGAAUGUCCAUGUCGGUCGCCAUCGAGGACUUCAAGCAGACCAGGACUCUCUUGCUGAGUCGCUAUGACGUCGACGAGGACUUCAUCGAGGGAAGCCAACCAGUCUUGCUAGAGCCGCCCUCUCGCAAUAAGGAGGCGUACCAUACAAUGGUCGACUACCUUCUGGGCAGCAUCGCACGCGUCUGGGUCCGCUCGGCGUCGGGAAGCUAUUGGGACAAUCACAUGCUUGCCGUCCUCGCGGCCUGGGCGGUCAAGCUCAAGGUCAUUGCAUACGACCCGCACAGAGCCGCGGUGACAUCCCUGGCGAAUGGCGAGGACAUCCUCGAUCAAGUCGUCGAAGGCGGCGCCACCAAGAAACCGAUGCUUAUCAAAGUGCGCAUCGGCGAGGGUCGCGACGCACAUGAGAAGGAGUACUCGGCCCUGAACGAGCGCGACGACAUCGUCAGCCGCUACUACCGCGAGAAGAUUCUCAUCCGGCGCAGCCUCGAGCCGCUUCUGCAAUUCGUCAUCAAUGCCAUGUUCGACCGAUACAAGUUUCGCGCGAGCGGGCCGAUCGAGUCCUUCGAGAUGUGCGCCCUGGUGUACAAGACGGGGCUAGACGGUGUGACGACGACCAUCAACCACGACCGGUACGGAGACAUUCACACGUCUUGCGAGCCGGCGCACAUCAACAAUAUGUACAGCGCCAUGGUUCUCCUGAUGCAGAACCUGGAAGCCAUACGACAAAUGCAGUCGACCGAAACGCGUGUUGUCGACACUAAUACUGAGCCACCAGCAGUUGGCGCAACCCUCAACUGGAACUGGAGGGACAAAUCGGGGAGCACCAAGACGUCAGAAGGCCGGUUCCAGUUCCAUCGCAUAGACGACAUCAUCACGAUCGCUAUUGCAGUCUGCAUGUCCACCGUGUAUAUGGCAGACUCCAUCGGUCGUGCCGUGCCCGUCCUGGGCUCUGGUACAACCGAGGAGGCACCCAUUAUGCAGUUCACACCUCCCCCACGAGCAUUCCAAGCCGUUUUUCAUCUCUCGACGGAGGAGUAUCUCCGCCGGCAGCGCACCCUUUCCCAGACUUUGACUCAGAACCCCGAGGUCAGGUCACUGGCAUCCAGUCCUCUCCGACAUGGUAUUAGAGCCGGCACCAACCUGAUGCUCCACCGCAACUCAGACCUCAGCGCCGACACCCGCGCCCGCACGAGGGACAUCCUCGACGACUACGCCAAGCAAAAGAUGAAGAUGGACACGUGGAUCAUCGACGAGACAUCCAUCUCCAUCAAGUGCCGCGCCUACGUCCUGUCCGUCAUCAUCGGCGCCGCGACCCUCGUCUGCGGCGCCAUGGCCAUCCCCUUCACCGUCGGCGAGGAGAUCCGCGGCGUCGACCCCUUCCAGAUCACCUCCUUCUCCUGGAUCCUGGCCGGCUUCCUCGUCAUCCUCGCCAAGUCGCGGUACGUGAGCGAGUGGCCGUGGCACGACUUCCUGCGGGGGCAGAUCGUGUGCACCAGCAUCCAGGACGUACAGGACGUGUCGGGCGUCGACCCGCAGAUCAUCCUCAUGUACCUUCUGCACGGCGAGCGGCAGCACAUCCUCAAGACGCGGGGCCCGUUCAACGGCAUGUUCUUCAACCGCGAGUCGCAGGGCCUGCCCUUCUCCAUCGACGUCCCCGUGCAGCUGUCGACCAUGCUGGCCAGUGGCUUCCUCAUCCUCAAGGUCAUUAACGAGGAAGGUGAGCAUCUCAUCUCCGUGGACGUGAGGAAAGGCUCGAGGGCGAGGGCAGUGAGGACGGGCGUGCCGGGCGAGUACAUGGCGCAUCUGCACCUCGACGAGGACAUCGUCGAGUCCGACGAUGACGAGAAUGAUGAUGGUGGCGACGAGACAAAGAAGGCGAAUGCCCGAUCGAGGAGGAAACAGGAGGGUCAGCCUCUGCUGUUGUUCACAGAGGACAUCGUGUGGACCAAGACGGUGGGGUUCUUCAUCCGGGACGUCAAGUUUGGUUAG